AAAAUGAGAAAAAGAAAGACUGUGUACCAACAUUUGUCAUUUUAACUAUGUCUGUUACCUGCUCCUGCCAGCUUCUCUUCUCUUUCUAGCUUUUGAAACGCAUGUAUAUAUUUGAGUUCAUAUGCAAACUGCAAAACAGAGAGACAUAUACAGAGAAGUGAGACUGAAAGAAAAGAGAAAAGGAAAAAGGAAAACAUUCAUCUUCUUUUAUCUCUUCUCAAGCUCUGCUGUUCUAUCUUAUGUAUCAGAAAAGGAAAGGCAAUAAGCUUAUUACACAAAUCCACUGGUUUCUGUAAGUGAAAUCAAGAAAUGAGGUUAUUUAGCUCUUCUUCUUCUGGGUCAUAAUCAUCAAAACUUCUUUCUUUCUUGGCUAUAUAAAAUUGCAAAAGCUGUCUCUUUCCCGCUUUGCAUGUUUUUUUAUCAACCUUUAAUUCUGGGUAUGUAAUCCUUUCUUCGUUGCUAAAUUGUACUUUCCUGUUUGCUGCAACUUUACUUCAAUCGUCAAAAAUGACUGUAUUAGGAGGUUUUAUAGGCUAGCUAUCCUCCUUUCGAGUGUUACUUAGUUUCUUGAUUCUAGUUUCAACAGUAUAUCACAUUACUCUUGUCACUUUACCACUAAAGAAACAUAGCAAAACCAAAGAAUCAUUUUGUUUGCAUCUGUUUUCUUUGUUUUCUAUUUCAGUCUUUUCUUGUCCACUGCUAAACCACUCAAAACUCUUCGAAGUCUGUAUUUGGCACCAAUCUUUCAACAGUAGAUUUGUUGGGUUAGAUAGUGCAACUUAUUGAAUUGGUAAAGUUAUGGGUUUGUUUCAAUUUAGAUUCCUGAUCUUGAGUUUGUGCCUAUUCCUUGUAUUCAAAACCGGUAUUUCUGGUACUCAAUUUAUAGGGCAUAUCAGUCCUGGUUUUCAAGCAACUCAUAUGGAUUGGAUAGAUAAAGAAGGGUUAUUUUUGCUGUCCAACAAUUCAGUUUUUGGAUUUGGCUUCUAUACAGCCCUUGAUGCUCGAUCUUUUUUGCUAGUUGUUAUCCACAUGAAAAGUGCCAAAGUUGUUUGGACGGCUAAUAGGGGUUUAUUGGUCAGUGAUUCCGAUCAAUUUGUAUUUGGGAAAAAUGGGAAUGUUUAUUUGCAACGCGGAGAUGGUAUAGCUUGGUCUACAAAUACAGAAGGGCAAAGAGUUACUUCUAUGGAACUGAUGGACUCAGGCAAUUUGGUGUUGCUUGGAGAUAAUGGAGGUAUUCUUUGGCAGAGUUUCAGCCACCCCACUGAUACGCUUUUGCCUGGGCAGGAGUUUGUAGAAGGAAUGAAACUCAAAAGUUUUCAAAAUAAGAAUGGCUUGAAUAAUUAUCUAGAAAUUAAGUAUGGUGAUUUGGUCUUGUAUGCAGGAUAUAUACCUCCACAAGUAUAUUGGUCAUUGGCAAAUGAUAGCAGGAAAACCAAUAACAGUGUUAAUGGAAAGGUUCACUCUUUGUCUCUGGUGUCAAAUUCAUGGAAUUUUUAUGAUGUAAAUAGAGUCUUACUUUGGCAGUUCAUAUUUUUUGAAAGUUCAGAUCCAAAUGCGACAUGGGCUGUCAAAUUAGGCUCUGAUGGAGCAAUUGAAUUUUACAAUCUUCAGAAAGGAAGGUCAGUUGCCCCUGAGGCAACUAAGAUACCACAAAAUUCAUGUGGCAUUCCAGAGCCAUGUGAUCGAUACUAUGUGUGCUAUUUUGACAAUUGGUGCCAAUGCCCUCCACCACUCAAAUCUGAGUUUGACUGCAAACCUCCAGUAGCCUCAACCUGCAAUGGCUCCAAGAAUUCAGUUGAGCUUUUCUAUGUUGGUGAGAAGCUUGAUUAUUUUGCUGUUGGGUUUGUUAAACCUUUGCUGAAAUCCAAUUUGAAUUCUUGUAAAGAAGCUUGUCUAGACAAUUGCUCUUGCAUUGUGCUGUUCUUUGAGGAAAGUACUGGAAGGUGCUUUCUGUUUGAUCAGCUGGGGAGCUUCACUCGCAUCCAGGCAGGCUCUCCGGGUUAUGUUUCAUAUAUGAAGGUGUCGACAAGCAAGCAAAAUUCAAAAAGUGGUAGUAAUGGAGGGAGGGAGGCCCUAUUGAUUGCCGUCAUUAUCAUUGCAACAGUAUUUGUUAUUGCUGGUUUUAUUUAUUUGGGAGUCUGGUAUAAUCGCAGAAAACAUAGAUUCUUGGAAUUUCCUCAGGAUAACUUGGAAGAGGAUAAUUUCUGGGACAGUCUUUCGGGGAUGCCUGCCCGUUAUAGCUUUAGUGAUCUUUGUACAGCAACUAAAAACUUCUCCAUGAAGGUUGGCCAAGGAGGGUUUGGCUCAGUCUACCUAGGUAUGCUGCCAGAUGGUGCCCAGUUGGCUGUCAAAAAAUUGGAAGGCAUUGGACAAGGAAAAAAGGAAUUUAGAGCUGAAGUAAGUAUCAUCGGGAGCGUCCAUCACGUCCAUCUGGUCAAGCUUAAAGGCUUCUGUGCUGAAGGGGCUCACCGCCUUCUUGUUUACGAGUUCAUGGAGAAAGGGUCUUUAGAUAAAUGGAUCUUCAAAAAUAAUGAAGAAAGUUCCUCAUUAGAUUGGAAUACAAGAUUCAAUAUUGCAAUAGGAAUGGCAAAAGGUUUGGCUUAUCUCCAUGAGGAGUGUGAGGUGAAGAUUGUCCACUGUGAUAUAAAACCUGAAAAUGUCCUUCUUGAUGAUAAUUUCACUGCUAAAGUUUCAGAUUUUGGUUUGGCAAAACUAAUGAAUAGGGAAGACAGCCUUGUGUAUACUACAGUGAGGGGUACAAGGGGGUAUCUUGCACCAGAAUGGAUCACCAAUAAUCCCAUAUCAGAGAAGAGUGAUGUGUAUAGCUACGGUAUGGUCUUGCUGGAGAUCAUUGGAGGCAGGAAGAAUUAUGAUUCAUCAGAAAAUUCAGAGAAAUCACAUUUUCCUUCUUAUUCCUUCAAGAUGUUGGAAGAAGGAAGACUAAAAGAAAUCAUUGAUCCAAAGUUGGAUGUAAAUGAGAGUGAUGAGAGGGUUGUUACCUCAAUCAAAGUUGCAUUAUGGUGCAUACAAGAAGAGAUGCAAUUGAGACCGUCGAUGGGUAAAGUGGUUCAAAUGCUUGAAGGUCUUUGUGAUGUCCCUGACCUUCCAAUUUCAUGUCCAUCAGCGCAUCGGUCUGUCUUAAGUUUUUUGAAAUUGAACAGCAAAGAAAGCUCCUCUUUAGGCUUUAAUGAUAGCAGCAGUAAUGCAUUUCAGUCUGAUAUUCGAUUAUCAGGGCCAAGAUGAUAGAAGCAGCUGUUACAGGCUGCUUCGUCUUAAUAAAAAAUCAAGGCAUCAAAGAAGAACAGUUCCGUGUGCUCCACACCAUCAAAAUCAAUGUUUUGUGAUGUUUAGUGCAUUUUUGCUUUUAACUUAUAAUUUUGUAGUGCUUCAAGCAUGAAUAUUUGCUCUGGUUUCCUUGAAAUUUUCUUGUAUUCUGAAGAUCUCAUAUUGAAAUUUCAUGAAAUUUUAUUCUCA